UUCCGCGCUUAGAAUCAUUCGUAGUAACUUGCUGUUCCUGAUCCACCAAUAAAAAAUCUAACUGCGUUUAAUAAAUGGAAUCACAUUUGUCAUGAAACUCCAUAGUCCACAAAUUUCCUGUAAUAAUGAGACCAGGUUUAUACUCGAUUAUUAUUCACAUUUGGUGCUUAUUCUCCAAAUAUGAAAAAGUUAAUUCAAUUAUAGACACCUUUUCUCUUUUUUCUCCACCACGAAAAAAAUGAUGUGGUGCCACCCUAACCCUGUCUCUCUUUAUAUAUACCCACGCUCAAUCCUGAAGAGUGAUAAUAUUACUAAUACUUUCAAAACUGUCAUCUAGCAGUUUAAAGAAUUUGCUUUUUAGUUUUUACUAUUUUUUGUGUCGAUCAGUUGCCAUGGGUUCCAGCACUAGGACCUUCCAGGCCAUUGUGGGUGCGCCUGGGGUGAGAGGAAAGAAGGUCACGGCUCUGUCGAAAGAUGGUUUGACUGCUUUCAUUCAGUCAAUCAUUUCAACCAAACAUGAAUUCAGAGAACCCUUUUACGUGCUCGAUUUGGGUGUUGUCAUAACCCUCUUUGAAAAGUGGGCCCGUAACCUUCCCAUGGCACAGCCUUUCUACGCCGUCAAGUGCAACCCCAACCCAGCUUUCCUUGGGGCACUGGCUGCCCUUGGCUCGGGCUUCGACUGCGCAAGCAAGGCCGAGAUUGAAUCCGUUUUGUCUCUUGGUGUUUCACCUGGCAGGAUCAUUUUUGCUAACCCAUGCAAAGCAGAGUCCCACAUCAAAUACGCUGCAACAGUUGGCGUUAACCUAGCAACUUUCGACUCUAAAGAGGAACUUGAAAAGAUUAAGAAGUGGCACCCUAAAUGUGCCUUAUUGAUCCGAGUCAAAGCCCCGGAUGAUGGCGGCGCAAGAUGCCCUUUAGGUCCCAAAUACGGUGCACUCCCCGAGGAAGUCACCCCUCUUCUCCAGGCCGCUCAAGCUGCACGGCUCACCGUCACAGGUGUCUCGUUCCACAUUGGAAGCGGAGCCAUGCAGUUUCGAGCCUAUCGAGCAGCCAUAGCAGUAGCUAAAACUGUAUUUGAGACGGCUGCUAGACUUGGUAUGCCCAAAAUGCGUGUGCUAAACAUCGGUGGAGGGUUCACAGCCGGCCCACAAUUCGGUGAAGCAGCGUCUACGGUGAAAGCUGCUCUCCAAGCUUACUUUCCAAACGAGCCAGGCUUAACAGUAAUUGCCGAGCCUGGUCGGUUUUUUGCGGAGUCAGCUUUCACACUAGCCACCAACAUUAUAGGAAAGCGCGUUAGAGGUGAUCUAAGAGAAUAUUGGAUCAAUGAUGGGAUCUACGGCUCCAUGAACUGUAUUCUCUACGAUCAUGCCGUUGUCACGUGCAUGCCUCUCGCAGAAUCAUCCAAUCGUGGCAACUCAACGUGCAAAGGAGCGAGAAGCUACGAUUCCACCGUGUUUGGACCCACGUGUGAUGCGCUUGACACUGUGCUGAAGGGUUAUCCGCUGCCUGAGCUACAGGUGAAUGACUGGCUGGUGUUCCCCAACAUGGGGGCUUAUACGGCGGCUGCUGGGUCCAAUUUCAAUGGGUUCAACACGUCAGCCAUUUUGACUUACCUUGCUUAUUCCAAUCCAAAUUGAUCAGUGAGACCUUUUGGGUGGUGGAUGGGCUGUUUUGUGUUUGACAUUCUGAUUCUUGGUCUGUGCUUGUUGUGAAUUACAAUAUGUUAUAUAUUAUCAUUAUUCGUUCCUGCGUGAGAUUUGUAUCCUCGCUUUGGAAUAGGAUCCUGCAACCAAAUAAAAUAGAUGCCUGAUGCUAAAUUGCCAAACAGACAGAAUCUUCUACUCAUAUUCUCUUUUUUCUUCCCCUUCUCUCAAAGUUACACUUCAACCAGCACUUUCUUUUUGUCACUUGUUUUAUUAUUAUCCAUUCUUGAUCAAAGUAAUCCUCCAUGGUAUUAUAAAAGUCUAAUGACAAAAGUUUAAUGUAAUUAGUCAACACUAAGGAAUCUCUUUGUAAGAAGAAAUAUUUGCUACAAACAACUAAAUGGGUUCAAUGUGUCGAACGUUUCAAGCUCCAAACUCGCGCGAUUUCAAGAUAUGGAGAUGGACUCUUUCACAUCCCAAAUUAGCCUAACACAAAAAACGAUGCAUGGGCACUCUUGACUACGGGGUUUGGCUGCCCAGUACGUUGCAAAAUAAAAGGACACAGUAAGUAUCUGAAGAAAGGCUAACAAAAGAACAAUAGAAAGGUUUAAGGCAAGAGUAUGGAUGUUAUUACUCAAUGGUUCUAAUCUUUUCCUUUUAUGUACAUAACUGUGGGGAACUCUCUAUUUAUAGUUGAGCCCUCUUUACAUUUAGUGCUUAAGAUGCAUUCCUAAACUCUAAAGAUUACCUAGUUAAAUCCAUUGAUUCUAGGAGAUAAGAUACAAUCCCUGAUUUUAGAGGAUUUGGUGCUGCUGUACAAUUUUUGACUUGCUGAAAUUAUGCUAAGCACUGGGCCUUCUAAAAGCGCCCAAAUUCGAUCCUCCUAAGACUGUAUUCAAGCUUGCUUGCAUUUGGGCCCGACCAUACGCUCGCUCCUCAAUCAUUAGUGCUCCUACUUGGACCCAACUAGGUG